AUAUAGUCUAUAAUAUGCAAUGGGAAAAGGGCAGGGGGAGCCUCGCCGCGCACCCAGCGCCGUGAUGGGGCUGGAGACCGAGAAGGCGGACGUCCAGCUCUUCGUGGACGACGACGUCUACAGCCGCCAUAGCGGCAUCGACUACGGCGAUCCCGAGAAGGUCGCCGACUUGGGUAUGGACCGGGAUCCUCACCGGCUCAACUCGCAUCUCCAGCUAGGUUUCGAGGAUGUGAUCGCGGAGCCGGUCUCUACGCACUCCUUAGACAAAGUGUGGAUCUGCAGCCACGCGCUCUUUGAAAUCAGCAAAUACCUGAUGUACAAGUUCCUGACGGUGUUCCUGGCGAUUCCCCUGGCCUUCGCUGCGGGAAUCCUGUUUGCCACCCUCAGCUGUCUGCACAUCUGGAUUCUAAUGCCUUUUGUAAAGACCUGCCUAAUGGUCCUGCCUUCAGUGCAGACAAUAUGGAAGAGUGUGACAGAUGUUGCCACUGGCCCAUUGUGUACAAGCGCAGGAAGCAUCUUCUCUUCUGUCAGCCUGCAGCUGAGCCACGACUGAACACUUCCACACCAGGUCUGGAGAUUUGGAAACUGUAAUACUUCUUUGUUAUUGUAACAUAGAAGCACUACUGUUCCGUUCAUUUCCCAAUUGUUCUAAUUAAGAAAGCUAUUCGGAUCGGCAACCAUGUUUAGACAUUUUUAUUGGCAGAUCUUUUCAAAUAAUCUUUUAUAAUUAAUAGCCAAGGGUUUCAUAUCUAACUUUAUAACAAGUAGGUUGGCAACACUUAAUUUUAAAGGCAAUUUUUGCUUUAGUACAGAAGUAUAAAUUUUAUAAUGACGAAUUUAUGAUCA